UUAUUGGUUCGGUGAAUUCCACAGCCAGCCACUGCUCUGUCUGUGUCUUUUGUUGUGGUUGCAGCUGAUGGUUUGACCCGCGCAGCCAGUCAUUGCUGGUCAUGCUGCCAUAGCAACCAGGAAAUACUCACCGCCAUCAGUAGUGCAGUGUGUGUGUGUGUAAGUGUGUGUGUAGUGAAGGAGAGGAUCAGAACGUGGCGAGUGGGAGUCCAGACAGCACAACAACAGUCAGCAGGGACUCAUUUUCACCUUUGCCUCAUCUCUGUGCUUCAUCUUCCAGCAGACAGACUGACCAACUGACUGAUUCAACAGUGGUAGUUUAGAAAUGGCUGGGAGCACCGCAGCCACUACUCUUCUGCCGCCUGUGAAGAGUGUGGUAGUAUACAGGAAUGGAGACCCCUUCUACAGUGGACGUAGGUUUGUGGUCAACCAGCGACAAGUGGCUACCAUGGAGGCUUUCCUGAAUGAAGUGACCCUGACCAUUGGAGCACCACUGGCUGUUAGGAACUUGUACACGCCCAGACAGGGCCACAAGGUCACAGACCUCCAGGACCUUCAGACCGGAGCCCAAUAUGUUGCUGCUGGCUUUGAAAAGUUUAAAAAGCUGAACUAUAUAAACGUGGGGUCUAAAAAGCAAGGUGUUGCUGUUCGUGAUGAAACCCAGGCCAAAGUCAUCCAGAGGCCACAUGUUUCAGCCAAAUGGAGGAGGUUUAUACCCGUGCCCUGCAUUAUCCAUGUUUUCCGUAACGGAGAUCUGCUCUGUCCACCGUUCCGAUUCAUCGUUCCUCGGAGCAUGCAACAUGAUCUGGAGCAGAUUCUGAGUAUGGUCACCGAGAAGGUCUGUCUAAGAACGGGAGCCGUGCGCAGGCUCUGUUCUCUGGAAGGACUGACAUUGUCCUCGGCUGAGGACCUGGAGACCGGCCAUUGCUACGUUGCUGUGGGAACUGAGAAGUUCAAGAAACUUCCAUAUGUGGAGCUGUGGGUCUCAAAAGCAGCAGAGAGAUAUUACCCAGGAAAGAGAAGACUGUUGAGACGAACUCAGAACAGAAAAGCUGGGAGUGGUCCUGCAGAUCAGUACAGUGACUCAGCUCUCCUCGACUCCCCAGACUCAGACGGCCGCAGGAUAAGGUCGACAGGAGAUGAAGCUGCAUCGCCUCAAGCUGCACAGCAGGGGGCCAGGACACAGGCGGUAGAAGACCCUUCUGUGUUUUUUGCCAGACCGGUCAAAGUUCGCAAAAACAGAGGGCAGGCGAGACUGACGCUCACUAAUGGAUCUGUCAAACCCAGUGUAUUUAAAAGAGCUGGACGGAGAAGGAGGGAGGAGGUACGAGGAGCUGAGGAGGUGCAGGAGGAUGAAAACACAGCUGUAGAGAUUCCUGUUGACCAGAGAGCAGCAGAAACAGUGGAGACUGAAGAAGUCAACAACAUAAACAACGCUCUGCACAGCACGGAGCAGUUAAAGCCAGAGUCAACUAGACAAAAUGAAAUGGAGGAGAUAGAAUCCAGAACAGAAAAGUCGAGUGCUGACAUACAGGAACGUAAGCUGAAGCAAACAUCUCCAAGACUUCUACUGUCCGCCUCUCAGGUAGAGAGUGGUGAAGAAAAGGAGAACCGACAGGAUUUCAUGCCACAAACAGCAGAAGAGAACCAUCGUGAAUAACGGAAACAUCUGGAAGGUUUACGGUGGAGUUGGGACACAUUGAAAAGCACAGAGUACAAAUUCAGCUUGAACCGCAAAAAUAUGAAAUGUUACAUGUAGAAUGUUGAAACUGUGAUAAUGAGCCAAGUAGCAACAAUGUUGUUUAUUUAAGAGUAAACAAACAUAAACACAAUAUUAUAAUAUGGAAAGUAAGACUGAAGUAGACUGAAGGAGACAUCAAACACGAAAAAAGUGUUUACCAGUGUGAGUAAAUGCUAAUGUUAGCAAGAAUUUAGUAGUAUAAUGACAUCCACCUGUGUUUCAAUUUGGCAACUACUCACAGAUAAAUUGCAUGUAUUCCCUCCAUAUGCAGUAUAGUUGCCACUGUUGAAAAACAAGAUGGUGAAGUGAGGUAGUUAAUGCCAACAUUAGCAUGUUAACAAAAUUUGGCAACUUGUGUCUAAAAUUGGCCACUACUCACAGGAAAUCGCAUCAAAUCCAUCAAAUGUGUUCCAGUUGCCAAGGUUGAAAAACAAGAUGUCUUCUUUCCAGAAAGUUUCCUGCUGCUCAGGCUCUUUCAGGGUACAGCCAGCUACAAGCUAAGUGUGAGGUCCUUCUAUGAUUAAUAUAAUGAGCAGCCAUCUUGGAUUUGAAAUUUGAGUCGAGAAACAAGAUGGACGACUCCAUGAUGUUUGUAGUUUACGUACAUCAGCUAUUUUCGUGUACAACCAACAAAUCAAAUUAGAGCUAAAAAAAACCAAACAAACACUAUAACAAAGCUGUGUUAGUUCAGCCGUGACUGCUCAAAGAAAUUAAAAAAAAAAAAACAACCCAACAUCAUGGAUUAAAAAACAGAAAAAUCUGAGCUUUUAAUAAACUUAAUGCAGUGAGCAGCCAUCUUGGUUUUUAAAGAUAGACCAUUUUCUCAUUAUACUUAGGCGUACCAUUAGCUUUAUUGGAGUACAGCUGACUGUGAACCAAAACAGAACUUUAUGUUAACAAUUAGCAAUUACACAAUAAGUAGCUAAUUUUGUUGUAGAGUUCAAUGGUCACCAUUUUAAGAAAAUACUAUUGAUGUGUUAAAUACUCAGCGAAAUGCUUGCACUAGAGGUAAAAAAACAACAACAAAAAAACAGCACUGGAUUUGUUUGUUACCUUAAGGUACGAUGUUGUGUUCACUUGUUAAUCAGGUUAAUCUGAUGGAGACAUUCAGUUGAUGUUCUGUCGUUUAUUCCAUUUGCAAUAGAUAAAUAAGAAACAGCAUUUUUACACAUACCCUAGCUGUGUAGUAAUUUUUUAAAAAUGUAUCAUUGCGACAGGAAAACUGUGUUUUGCCAACAGUUUAUUGUUAAAUACCAUUUAUAUGACAAGCUGGAUAGAUGCAACAAUAACAAUGUCAUCUGAACAGUGCUGAUGUUAAAAUAACGUGACAAUAAAAAUAAAAACUGUGUGUCAC